GAAGUGGAUUUCUGGGUGUGGGCUGUUGCUUGAUGUUCCUCAUCUCUUCCCCAACUGGAUAAUUUCAUAACUUCAUUCAUGAUUCUUGUGGGGCUAUAGCCAGAUUAGCCAACUGCCACUCAAGUCCCCACCACCCCAUAUGUACACGUCAUGUUUGCUUUUACUCACCCAUCUUUUUUGCCGUUCCCUAUUUAUAUAACCCAUUCAUCAUCCCCACUUCACUGGACAAAAGGAAAAUAGAAAAAAGAGGUGAGACUCUGAGAUUUAGAACUGAGCAUAAAUCAGCCUACCAAAAGAAACGGAUCAGAGUGAUCUCUAUACCUGGAGUUGACAUGGAAGUAGCUAUAGAAUUAGAAGAUGAUCUGUUCUUUGCAGACAUAAGCAAGCAAAUUUCUCUUCUUGUCAUGGAAGAUGAUGAGGACCCAGUUGCUAAUUAUCCUUCAGUUUCUUUCCAGGAUUUCUCAAGAGCGAAUUAUCCAACUGCAUCGUCAGCUUGUAUGUAUGAGCAAAGAAGAGAAAGCAAAGGAACAGGAGUUUUCAUUCCAAGAUCAUCACAGCCAAGAAGGAAACACAGGCAAGGAAGACAUUCUUCAUUCAACUCAAAGUCUCAUAAGCAGCAAGACAAUGCAAGAAUGGUUUCUCACGUUUCUUACAACAAUUCUUUAUACCCAAGAAAGGCUAAUUAAGGCCAUUCAUAUAUAUAUAUAUAUAUGUAAGUUCUACUAAUCUUAUUGCCAAGAAGUUGUUGGGCAGGCUAUGGAGUUUAUGUCUGAAUAUGAUCCAUAUGAGGAACAUGUACAAGGAGAGAACCUGUGUUCCUAGCUAGGAGGUUCUAAUGAGGUUCAGUUUCCCAAGGAUUGAACUUCUCCAAUAAACAAAUGUGUGGUUGCUAUUAAGUAUUAUACAGCGAUAAGGUUGUUUUUCUACACUAAUUAAUGUGACUGAUUAAAUUUCAUA